GUAUUUAAGUAAGCGCCUCUGCCCUCUUCUCCCUACUCCCCCUAUCUCUCUCUUCCCUCUCUUCAUUGCUACCUACCUCCCCUGCCAUACAUCAAAUCCUUCUCCCAAACAAACCAGUCGAUCUGCGUCACCUUGUUUACGAUUCCAUGAACUCGCAGAACACGCCUUUCCGAUUUGCAAUUUGCUGGUCUUGACAUCCGAAAGCCAAUAUUCAUUGACAACAACAACAACAAUAAGGAAAAGAGAAGAUCAAAAGACGGGGAUAUUAAAUCAAGUUAGGACAAAGACGAUCUCUCCGAAGCCUAUCAUCUAUCCCGCUCCUUAUUGCUCCCAAUUGUCCUUUCCCCUCCAGCACCCAAUUUUUGAGAUCGUUCGGCGUCACAUUCCUGCUCUAUUUUCAUCUGCCGUCCGCCGCGGCUGUUGCAGUGCGGUCUGCACCACCCACGAUACACUGCGCUCCCUCUUCAUAAGGGCAUCCCUUCGUCCGAUCUCUCCUUCAGCUCGACGUUCCGCUUGCAUUACCCUGUCCUUGUUUGUGGGAUCUCUCGGAACCCUGUCGGACUGCCAGCUCGUUGCGCUAUAGUUCACUUCUAAUUUUCGACUUUCUUCUGUGUAUUAUUACUCCUUAUUUAAUCAUUUAAUCUUCCCGUGAGUCUCGUGGCCCUUUUUGCCUUCUGAAUUAUCUUCCCGCUCAAUACUUUCUUGUAUCUUGUCACCGUUUCCAAACCGUACUUCCUAAGUGACUGAGACUAACCAUGGCUUUCGUGCAGAAUUCACACAAUGAUGACCCGAGAUUUCUCAGCUUGCAACAUGGGCCGUGGGGCAUACGACACAACUGGCAUCAAGAAGCCGGGGGCACCUCCACCACCGCCCAAGUAAGGAUGCCCGACUCGUUACUUGCUGGCCCCCCCUUCGUCCCCCGGAAUUGUUUGUCGAGCGCCAAAGCAACUCCUACGGUUCCCAGUCCAGGAGCUGCGGCAUCUGACGAGUAUUCGCCAUCGGGCCGACCUUUACGCUUUUCAUGUAAUUACUCUCCUGAAUCUUCGGGUUUAUAUACGCUUUCACCUAUUUUAAUACGUACGCUUUUGAGCACUGUUGCGGCAUGGACACCCUUCUCGAACCUCAAAAUUACUUUUUUCUCGCAUUUUUUUCCCACACCCUUCCCUUCUCCUUUUGAUCUCGGUGACGGACCGGAUUAUCCAACAACUUAUAUCUUUUAAUCAAACUGACACGACCUGACCCUGAUCGAUUCGGGCUUCGAAAAGUACUUGACUCGAAUUUGCCUUAUUUCAUAUUUUCAAUUAUUGGCGUUUGGUAUAGACGGAAGGGGAAAUAACAUGGGAAUGCAUGGUUUGACACCAGAAGGAGCUUAGAGAACUUGGACCUCGCGGUCAAACAUGGUUUUGGUUUGCUUUCUUUUCUUUUGUUCUGUUUGACUAUGUCCUUUGUUGGACACUGGCGGUUACCAGUGUGCGUUAGUGUGUGUGUAAUAUUAGAGUACUGGAGAAUGAUAUGAUUGCGAUAUCAGGGCAAUCAUAACCCAGUAUGAGAUCAUGGACUUCUGAAACAAUUCGUCCCAGCACAUGAUUGUGAUUCCUCAAAGGGCGGGCCGUUCUAAGCAUGGAUUAGGCUCUGUCCUUUGUUUGCCUAGCGUGUGCCCCGAUACGAUUGCAGAUUGCAUGCAACAUCGGCUGUGCGACGGGGGUCUGGUGUAUCUCCA